CCAUUGAGUCUUUUCUUCUGCGUCUUUUUUUCUUCUACCUGCGCUUAAUUUCUCACGUCUCUGGUCUUUUUUUGACAUCCGUGCAUUACAUCGCUGCAGAGUCAUCGUGGUCAAGAUGGGAUCAGUAACUCCUCCGGACAACCUUGAUCGCCAUGGCUAUCUGUUUGGCCAUCCAAUUGCCCAUUCAAUGUCGCCUCUGCUGCACCAGACUGUGUACGAUGAGCUUGGCUUGAAGUGGUCUCAGCUGCCCCUCGACUCUACCGACAUGGAUGAUUUUCUGAAGCGCAUUCAAGAUCCUAAAUUCUACGGUGCUUCCGUAACCAUGCCUCACAAGGUGGCUAUCCUGUCCCACCUGGACGCUCUGACACCUGAAGGACGUGAGGUUGGCGCUUGCAACACACUCUUCAUCCAGACGGACGCAGAAACCGGAAAGCGCAUCUACACCGGUACCAACACCGACGUCAUCGGGAUCCGCGACUCCUUCGCCUACAACGUCGCCGACGCCGCAGCUCUCUACCAUGACAGGCCCGCGCUUGUUGUUGGCGGUGGUGGUGCCGCUCGUUCUGCCGUCUAUGCCCUGCGCAAGUGGUUGCGCGCCACGCGCAUCUACCUCGUCAACCGCGACGCCGGCGAGGUUGAAGCGGUGAUUAAUGAGUGUGCAGCGCGCGGCUACGGCGACGACCUUGUCCACGUUGCAACUGUCGAGCAGGCCGAGGCGCUCGAAGGGCCAGGUGCCGUCGUUGCAUGCGUGCCAAACUUUUCACCUGUCACGGAGGCUGAGCGUACAGCACGUGCGGUGCUAGAAACGUUACUGAAGAAGGAGCACAAGGGUGCAUUGCUCGAGAUGUGCUACCAUCCUAGCCCGUGGACUGAGAUUGCUGAGAUUGCGAAGUGUGAGGGGUGGCAGGUCAUCCUUGGGACAGAGGCCAUGAUAUAUCAGGGCCUGGAACAGGACAAGUACUGGACCGGAAAAGAAGUCACUGAGCUCCCCAUCAGUAAAGUCCAGGGUGUCAUCGCCCUCAAAUUGGCCGAGAGCCAGCAUUAGAUCGUUCGCAGGAGAAUGAUCCAGCUAGCGCACAGUGCUGUGUCGAGCCGUGCAUGAUCGCUCGCCAGUUUGUUGUGCGGGCCAGACAAGGAUUGACUGUUGUCAACCCCGCGAACAAGCCAUCCCGGUACAGC